CCGGCUGGGGCAGGUGUGAUCUCAGCAGCCACUUCUCUUUUCUCGCCCAGGGCAACUUCUCCGCUCGCCACAGGUUGGGGCGAGGCCAGCCGCUUGACUUCGAGUCUCUGACGAAGGGAGAAGAGCCAAGAGCGCGCAGAGGCCGUCCCAAGAAUUUGUUAGUCUUGAAGGUGCUCUUGCCAAACGAGACUCCUUGGAGGUUUCGCUGCAACAGGCUGGCAGGGCUGCGCUGCCCCUCUGGGAACAGCGAGCGAGCGAAGAUCGGCGGCGGCGCGGAAGAAACGAUCGCACCCACAGCCUCCUUGGGUCCCGUCUCCGGCAGCCGCGUCCUCUUCGCGUCGCUUCUCCCGGGGAUGCGCUGAUCUCUGCUGAGCCUCGGCAGGAAGGAGCACAUGGAGCGACCGGAGCCGCUCUGGGUGAACAGUAGCUGCGCCAACGGUGAGUAAGAGCGCUCGCUUGGCCGCCACACGCGGGUUACGAGGAGGGAGAUGGAGAAGAGACUGCUCGGCUGCUCUCCUUUUCUUCUUUUCCUGCUUCCACUUCCCAAGGUUAGGAAGACCUUUCCAUCUCCAUCAGGCGAGUUCCUGGUUCCUGGUCCAAAAAACUGAUCGGUCCUUCCCACGCUGGCAGACAAACCCAUUAAAAUAAUCGCUUUGCCCCCUUUUGCUGGAAUACAUAUAAUUCUAAGAGGGAGAUCAGAAGAUUUAUAAGGUCUUCGGAACCUCUUGCCCCACGUCGCCCUUGAGAUCUGUGUUGCUCCGAAGAGUGGCCUUUUUAUUUGCGUAACUGUGGGGUUUGGGAGGGUGGCGUUUUCUUCUCCUUCGGUUCUCCAGGCGAUUGCAGCAGCUUCUCAGUUUCCUCCCCUCCGGGUGCCUGUAGGUCGCCAAGCAAGCAAGCCAAGCGAUUGUGCAAAGUACGCCUGAAGAGACAGGUGCAGAGAUUAAAAAUAAAAAGGAGAAGCUUGUUUGGCAAGGGGGCUCGUUCUCACGAUCAGCCCGGCCGGUCUCCUCCUUUGCAGGUGAAACUCAAAGAGCAGGAUUUCCCCGGGGGUGUUUUACUUCAACUAGCGAGGUGGUCGUGAGAUCGAAUUAGGAGUAAUUGUAUAUUUCCUUCUUCUAUCUUUUUUGGAACAGGCAGUUCUUGUGAGCGCUUGUGGGAAUAUGGGAAGCUGCAUUGUAUCAGGUCAGACCCUUGGCCAGUCUAGUCCAGUAUUGUUUACACUGACUCCCAGUGGCUCCCCAGAGUUUCCCAGCUCAACUUGAAGAUGCCAGGGAUUGAAUUUGGGACCUGCAUGCAAAGCAGACUCUCUAGCACUGAGCUGUUCACCCCUAGAGUGACCAAGAACUCUGGUGGCAGGUGGGCUGCGGUGCCCUGAUGUAUCAAUGAAGUUGGACUUCUAACUCCUAUCAGCCUCAACCAGUGUAGCCAAUGGGAGAUGUAGUCUGACAACCUCUGGGAGGUUCAAAGGUUCCUUCAUCCCACAAGUAAAAGGACAAAGGAAAGAUUAAAGCAUGGGAGGUUGGGAAAAUUAUGGCCCUCAGGGCAGUUACUCCAGUAUUAUCAUGUCCACAAACAGAAAGUUCAUAAGAAAGUGGAAAAAGCCCUGAAGACUUCCCUCAUGCUCAGGUAUAAUAGCUGCCUUGUCUUAAAUUGUGCUGGCUUGAUUGGGAAUUAGGGCUGAGUAUGGCGCUGUGGGUUAAACCACAGAGCCUAGGACUUGCCGAUCAGAAGUUCGGCGGUUCGAAUCCCCGCCACAGAGUAAGCUCCCAUUGCUUGGUCCCUGCUCCUGCCAACCUAGCAGUUCGAAAGCAUGUCAAAGUGCAAGUAGAUAAAUAGGUAACACUCCAGCGGGAAGGUAAACGGCGUUUCCAUGCGCUGCUCUGGUUCACCAGAAGUGGCUUAGUCAUGCUGGCCACAUGACCCGGAAGUUGUACGCCGGCUCCCUCGGCCAAUAAAGCGAGAUGAGCGCUGCAACCCCAGAGUCGGCCACAACUGGACCUAACAUUCAGGGGUCCCUUUACCUCUGCCUAUUCCAGGAUAGGGUUAUGGGAACAGUGGAAGGGUUAGGGUGCUAGGUGGGUGGUGCGAAUGGUGAAAAGCAGUGGUGACUUGUGAAUCCUACAGAACAAUGUGGUGCUGCUCAGAUUAGGGUUCCCUGUUCACCUUCCAAAAGGGUAUAAUGAUUUUCCCCUCCAUUCACAAGCAAAAGUAAUAGAGAUGGCUUCUUUUGCUGCCCUUCUGCUGCUGCUUAAUUUGCUAAGUAUGUUUUGAAACAGGAUCAAAAGCCACAUCUGCUUUCAGGAGUCUGUUUUGUCAUAGGCUUCUUGUGAAAUAGGCUGUAAAAGAUAAUAGAAGCAUAUGACCCAUAAGUCUUCAAGAUUACCUUCUGUUAGCUUCUACUGAUGAGCAUGGCUGCUCCCUGGAUUAAUGUGGCUUUAUUGGCUUGUGGCUCUUUUUAAAUAUUUAUAUUUUAUUGAGGUUAUAAUAGUGACUUAAAGUAAAUAGCGGAGGAAAGAAUAUAAAACGGAAAAAGAAAUAAUCAUCAUCAUAAUUUUCUUAUUUAUACCCCACCCAUCUGGCUGGGUUUCCAAAUAUUAAAAACAUUUUAAAAAGAAGAGGAAAACAGCAAUAACAAAAUAACAAUAAAAUACAAAACUAUACUGUAUAUAUGUAGAUGGAUAAACUUAUUGUUUCCCUCAGUAUAUGAUGAUUCAUGUAUCACUAUGGUUUCGAUAAAUACGUUCCAAAGCAUCAUUAAAUUUGUCCAUGCCUAAUCUUCAUCUGAAAGCGAUCCGUUUAUGGGUUGCAGGAGUUGUCAUGUCAGCUAUCCAUUAAUUAAAGGAUGCUUCAUCCAUAUUUUUGUCCUUCCAAUGUAUCAGUAUCAAUCCUUUUGCAGAUGUGAGUGCAUGGAGAAUCCAUUUACAUUGUCUGAUAGUCAAGCAUCAUAUAUUAAGUAUAUAGUUUAAAAUGAUGUUAUCUUCUGAAAUGUUUAACUCUUUCUCCACAAUAUUUAUUCAUUCCGCAUCUCCAACAGCAUGUUGUCGCUGAGAGUCCAUGUUUAUGCAAUCAUGAUGGAAUCCAAUAAACUCAAAAUAAAAUCUCUUGUUGUAUGAGACAUCGUUUAUAAUCUAAUGAUACAUUGGAAACGGAGGCUAAAAUAUUAUCCCAUUCUUUAACUAAGAUGGAGCUUGUUAAUAAUGUAUUCCAUUUGCAUCUCAAAGUUUGUGCAUCAAAUUAAUUAAUACACAAUAAACAUUUCUAAAAAGUAAUAGCUGGCUUUUUAGCCUCCAGGGAUUCAGUCAAGUGUUCGAGUAUCACCUUGGCUUGUGACUCUUGGUGUCAGGCAUUACAGCAAGGGGAUCCAAAGAUGAAUAAACAGAUUUUUUAAAUCUAUCAAUUUCAAAGAAGUUUGCACUACGGAUUAGGACGGAAUGGAUGGCAUACUUUUUCUAAGCUUUUAUUUUAUUUGUAUUCAGGGGGGGAAACAGAGCAAAGGAAGAAAGAUGUAUGGCAGAUUUUGAUGAGUUUACAACUCUUUCAUUCUCUCCUUUAUCAGAUAAUCCUGAAUACUUUCAUGGCAGUUGGUUUACCUGCUUGUGAUUUUAUGAAUAUCUGGCUUGGCGGGGAUGACAGGCUAUGGAGUGUGUAUCAUAAUUAAAGGCUUUGACCUUCGUUGAGAUUCCAUCAGUCUUUAGUAUAUACAUCACUUUCUCCUUGAAAAUUAGAAACUAUGUUUUCAAGACUAAAAUUCACUAAAAAUGUUCUUGACUGGGAAUUGUUCCAGAUGUCUGCUGCUGUGUGUGACACUGCCAUUGAAGUAUAGAGAUGCCUCCCUAAACAUGGCCAAGGUGUAAAGAGACAAGCCAUUUGAGUCUGAAUUGCUCACUGGACAACAUUUUGCACUCUGUAUCCUGAGAAGGUGGUGGGUUGUGGGUCAGCUGCCUGUGGGUCUCAUCAUUAUAGUUGUAAGCUCCUUUGGGUGCCUUUUUUUCAUUUGGCUGAAGAACAGGGCAAAAUGCUUCUGAUAAAAAACAGCCAACACCUGCAAACCUAAAAGGGAGCAAGUCCUAUUGAAAGCGAGACCUACUUGUGAGUAAAUACAUUGUUGGCUGUGCUGGAAAUUUGACUUUCUAGUUAAACUGAACAUUUGGAUGUUUACUUCUGUCCUUUGUGAUUUUUAUGGAAGUUCGAAGGGCUGAUCUACACACACAGUAGACUGAGGUGAGAAAAUCUUAUGAUGCACAAGUGGGCUAUACUAGUUCAUGCUUCCUGCCAACGUAGCAGUUCGAAAGCAUGCCAGUGCAAGUAGAUAAACAGGUACCAUUAUGGCAGGAAGGUAAACAGCAUUUCUGUGCGCUCUGGUUUCCAUCACGGUGUUCUGUUGCGCCAGAAGUGGUUUAGUCAUGCUGGCCACAUGACCCGGAAAGCUGUCUGUGGACAAACACUGACUCCUUCGGCCUGAAAGCGAGAUAUAGUCACCUUUGACUGGACUUUACCAUCCGGGGGUCCUUUACCUUUUACCUUUUUACUGCUUCAUGCUGUAGUUGGGGGAGAGGGUUACCCGUUUUUUAUCACUCUCACAUGUACUCAAUCAACAAACUGUUUUAAAAAACUACUGCAGCAUGGAGAAAAAUAGUAUCUCAGCCCAUUUUCUUCUGUGCUGGUUUUCUGACUGUGCAGGUUCUCCCCCCCCCCCCGAAAGUGGAUUUCUCCCUCCCCCCAGUCUGAAAUUGUACAGUCUAUUCUGCUCCCUCAGGAGUCUUCCAUCUUAGCAUUAUCACCUUGGCUAGACAGAAGACAUGUCCAAGAUCCCAUUUCAUUUCUCUUGCAAAGGGUUGAAAUUUGGUGGUUCUCUUUGAAUUUCCCCUUGCAGAAUGAAGCAGAAUCUGAGCAAAUAAAUUGGUGUGGUUGUAACUGGCCUCAAUCCUCCCCCUUCUCCUUUCUUUUUUACUUGGGCUUUUGAGGAUGUUGGUAUUCUUGUCAAUCCCCGAGGAAGGAAAAGGCUACAUGACAUUAGGGCAUUGUGAGUAUGUUGGAGAUAAGAAUUCACUGUUUGUUUUCAGGCUCACAAAGACUGGUCUGUAUCAGGCAAAUUGCCAGUGUCAAAACACCACGCCACAUUUGCAUUACUGUAUUUGUAGCAUAGCUACAAUCCUGCCCUGUUUUAUCAGACCAUAGGUAUAUAUGUUCUCUCCCUCUCAUUUAAAGAGCUCUUGCAAAUGGGUCAUUUCUUUCAACCUUUCCUUUAAGGGUCUGGGUUGCCAACAAUUUUUUUCAGCAGAGCGCCUGUGCUUUUUAAAAAAUGUUGUAUAUAUUUAUUUAACACAUAUACAGCUCUGCAGCAAAGUGGAUUUACAAUAAACAACCAUGUACCAAACAAACAGUAAUAGCAAGGAAUAAAACACAAAGCAUUUCAGGGUUCUUAAAAAAACUGAUUAAAUAACCAAUUUAGUUCAAAAAUAUUUUUAUCACCUAUAUCCUGAAAACCAAUGGGCAGGAUACAGAAUAAACCUCCCAUGUUCACUAGUUUCACAUACCCUCCAGCAUUUCUCCUAUGAAAAUAGGGACAUCCCAUUCUGUACUGAUACUUUUACUAUUUAUACCCCACACAUCUUACUGGGUUGCUCCAGCCACUCUGGACAGCUUCCAACAUAUAGAGGGUGAGUCCUUUAAAAGAGGCUCCGUGGAUACAGAGUACACAUGUUCCACGGGGCAUCUUUUAAAAGACUUACCCUGUAUAAAAACAUUUAAAAACAUUUUUUAAAAAACCUUUCCUAUACUGUACAGGAUUGCCUUCAGGCGCCUCAGGGGCCAGAUAACGUCAUACCCUCCAACAUUUCUCCAAUGAAAAUAAGGACAUCCUAAGGAAUUGCCACCUCAUGAGAAGAGUCCCUGGAAAAGACCCUGAUGUUGAGAAAGAUUGAGGGCACAAGGAGAAGGGACGACAGAGGACAAGAUGGUUGGAUAGUGUCUCGAAGCUACCAGCAUGAGUUUGACCAAACUGCGGGAGGCAGUGGAAGACAGGAGUGCUUUGCGUGCUCUGGUCCAUGGGGUCACAAAGAGUCGGACACGACUAAACAACUAAACAACAACAACAAAGAAAUUGCAGGACAUUCCAGGAUCAAAUCAGAAACCGGGAUGGCUUCUCUAAAUCAGGGAUGUCCCUGGAAAAUAGGGACACUUGGAGGGUCUGGUUUCAUAGCAGAGGAGCAACAACCAUGAGGCUUUCCCUGUAUUGUAGCCACCCACUUUUUCAGAUGGGGGCAGCCAUUAGCAGGUUAUAGUGUUUAUCUCUGAGCCAUUAAAAGGGUCAUCUGCUGAUAUCUGCUAUCGUACUGUUGUUAAAGGCACAAGCCCAGGCCAAACAACGUUUUUUAAUCAGUUGGUAACAUUAUAGAAUGUUUCACCUCCCUCUUUGCUUCUGAUAGUUCAAGUAGCAGACUGCCCUAACCCAGGUCCUCCACAAAGCACUGGAGUCCUUAGGUGUCACUCACUUUGCAUAGCUCAAACAAAAGGUCUGGACAAGUUUUGACAGCACCUGCUUCUUCUCCUUUCUCUCCUGUUCCAGAGGGCAAAGUAGAACCUACACAUGGAGAUCAGGUGCUGUCAAGCCCUUUGGCCACAGUUUACCUUUAGGAAUCUUUGCCCAACCUAUCCUUAUUUGAGUUGUAAGGUUUGUACUCUGCACCUCAACCAUCCAUAAUCCGUUUAGUCACAGAAAAGAAGGAUAUUUAUAGUAAUGAGUGGCUUUGUAGAGAUGGAAGAGGUGUAAUCGUUUCCACCUGUCUUGUAUUAUGGUGUAAAUGAAUUGGUGCCUUGGGUGUGUCUUGAGUCUGGGAAUCACGGAGGCUCAUCAAUCCCCACCCACACUAGCUGACACACCUUAGAUCUGGGUGCUGAUAAAAAUUUUAACUGAUGAAACUUGAUUUGUAUCUGUGUUCAUUCCAGUUAAAACUAUGUUGCAUGCUUUAUUAGAGCAGUCUAUGCGUAUGUAUGUGCUGAAAGAGAGUGCGUGUUUCAAUUCAAUGCUCCAAAAAUUCUCCUUUCUCCCUUUCUCUCCCCCCACCCCUGGUUUUAUAUCCUGCCUGAGGGGAACCUUCUUCAACCCAAGGGUCAAAUUCUUCAUGAGCUACAUGUCCGUGGUACUGGGUGGGACCAGAGGCAACAGUGGGUGGAGAAACAGGUCUUACCUUUCUAAAAUAAAAGUUAAAGGUUUCUACAUAUGUACCCACCCACUUCUGUCUGUCAUCCAGCCCAGGCAGUAGGCUGGGAAUAAAGGGAUGCAGGCUGGGAAGGAUCCCAAAGCCAGAUGGAGAGGCCUGAAGGUCUACGUUCAGCCCUAGGCCUGAAGUUCUUCACCACUGAUCUAGCAUGUUGACUGACUGCACUGGGAUUAUUUUAUUCUCUCCUAUGUGAAGAUGAUAGUGUUACCGGUACCAAGUCCAAAACGCUGUCCCUCCCAGGCCAGUAAAGAGACAGUGGGUGGAAAGGUAAAAGUUUAUUCUCAGUUGCUUCACAGAGACUCGGCAGGAUAUCUCCAAAAUCGAGCACACAAAAUACAAAGCAUUUAUGCCACUGUAGCAAGCAAACAAGCACAUGAUUUCUUGCGUCACUAUUAGCUUGUGUGAACAAAGCGUGCCUAAGUCAGGUAUUCUACUUGGCUACAGAACAAUUACUCACUUAUCCUUCUUCAUAUCGUGCUCAGGCCAUUCCAGGUAUGACUGGCCUUGUACUUGCAACUGUGGGAACAUCUUGCUGUUGUGACUGUGUUUAUGCGGACUCAGCAGGCUGUGGUUAACUAUGUAUGUGACAUGUAAAUUUCAGAGUUAUGACACCCAGGUAUCACUAGUGUUUAGUUUGACUCUGACUUUUAUUUAGUUAACUUAUUUCAGUUCUUGCCGAGGUAGGAUUGAUUGAUUGAUUGAUUGAUUGAUUUCAUUUUCACAAGUUUUGAGCCUUUCUCAGUGUUGUUGCUUUAACAAGGAUAGGGCAUUUGUUGGCACAAUUUGAACAUUCAUGUCUAGGCUUAGUAAGCGAGAUUUCAACAAGCCUUUCUCCUGCCCAAUGCAUCCCUUUCACUCCUUCCUUUUUGGCAGGAGCAAUCAAACCAGGAAGCCUCUAAUUAGCUGCACUUCCCCAUUUAGUCUGAACGAAGAAACUGUGAUUACCAGCUUUGGAACAAGAUGGGAUAUUAAAGUUGAGUUUGAAGUUAGUUUAAUAACCUGGCCUGUUCCAAAGCUAGUAACCUGGUUCAGAUGAAUCAGGAAACUAUGGUUCAUUAUAAACUCCACGAAGGGGGUAGAGAAGGGGCUGCCAAGGUGGACAAGAGGUGUGUUCAUAUCUCAGUUUAUUAAGAUGAGAUUUGAUUGUCUGAAUCAACCAGUUAUAUAGUCCCAUAUAAAUCUGUAAAUCAUGAUUUAUUUGCAUUUGCAAAAAAGGGGGGUUAGAUAUUAUCCUCAGUCACAGCUCAGUCAAGUUUUUCCAGUUUUAUAUUUUUUGAUAAAUGAUUUGUUAGUGAUGAAAUGUUACUGAUUCAGUACAAGUGUAUGAAAGAGAUUUUGAGAAAUGCUCUCUUUAUAUGAUGCAAUGCAUUGUAAGACAGACUGCAAGACAUACAGCAUUACGUCAGCUGUAUAGUUUGUUCGUUUGGCAACAUCUAUGGCUCUUCAUAGAAGGGAAUUCUGAUGAACAGGUAACAUUCCCUUACUUCCAUCAUCCAUACAGUAAUAACAUCUAUUAGUUCAUGGAACUGUUAGAAAUCUAAUAAGUGCAAAAGCUAAUCGUGUUCUUGUGCAUGUUCUAGAACAAUCAUGUUCUAGUGAUCUAGCAGGACAUUUCUUUUCUUCUUUCAAGGAAGCAAAGGACCUAAAUAAUGGCAUGUUCUGAGCAUGGCAUGUAAAAUGAAGGCAGCAAAUGUAUUAUUUGCUUAAAGUCUUAAUUUCUGCCCUCUUCCCAUUUUCUUGUCUUCCCAGGUUCAUUAUUAGCUCUGACAUGCCUUUCUGGGCAGACGUUCUGUCAGGUUGUUGGGAAUGUCAGCUCAACAGUCUUACCCCACAAUAAUAUCACCUUAAACACAAACUGGAUGGUACAGAUAGAAGACAAAUAUGGCUUCUACAUUGGCUUGGCCUUGGCCAUCUUCUCCAGCUUCUUGAUUGGCAGCAGCGUAAUCCUUAAGAAAAAAGGACUGCGUCGGCUUGUGGAGACAGGAGGCACCAGGGCAGGUAUGGUUUCAAUGGCUCAGGAGGUGGGUGGGGAAUUAUUUUCUGAAUGAGUUCUGGUUUUAUCUGAGGCAAGGGGUGGCCAAUAUGGUGCCCUUCAGAAGUUUUGGACCACAAGUCCCAUCAGUCCUGACCACUGGCUGACAGGAAUCGUCAUCCACAUCUCGAGGGUAUCACGUUGGCUAUUGCUGAGAGAUCUGACUUUGAGCCUCAAAGUGUUUUGGAUUCUGAGGGCCUUUGCCUACACAUUACACAGAGGCAAAUCCUUGCCUGAACAGGCAGCUAUAGCCAAUCACAGUUCAUUAAGGAGUGUGCCUGUAUGACACGUUUCUCCAUCUAGCCCAUUGAACUUCAACUGGUAGAUGAAGGUCACCAGGGGUGGGUAGGCAGGUAUAGCUGGUCAACAACUUGCCUCAGCCCUGACCUUUGGUUAUGCUGGGUGGGGGCUGAUGGGAGUUACAGUCCAACAUCAAGAGAGACCACUUGGCAACUUAUCUCUGCACUACUUUGUUGCAGCUUGACCUAAGGUGAGUCUCAACAGCAACACCAACACCAUGCAGAUAUGAUAAAAAUGAAGAAGCGGGUCCCCAAGUACAUUUAACUAAAUCUGUUUUUUGGUUGGUUGGUUGGUUGGUUGAUUCAUUCAUUCAUUCAUUCAUUCACAAUCUAUUUUAUAUCUCAACUCAAUAAUCUUCCUAGGAUGGUUUACUAAAAUAAUUUUUUUAAUGGAGAAAAUAGAAUAAUGCAAAAUCCACAAAAUUAUAAAAGCAGUAAAAAAGUCAGCAAUAUUAAAAUGGCACCUAAUAAAUUUGGGAACAGUUUUGGACACUGAAGGGACAAUAAUGUAAUCACCAGCCAAACCUCUUCAGCAUUCCACCCCUGGGAUGCCACCACCGAGAAGACUCUUUUUCUGGAAGUAACUCGUCUCACCUUGGAUGGUGGUGGUAGUGCGAGGCACUUGCAGGGGGGCUCUCCAGUGAAUAUCUUAAUUCCCCUGUUUUGCAAAGCUUGAAGGCAACAGACUAGCUCUUUCUCUUAGAAAAAUAUCAGCAGUCCCUGCUAAAAGGAAAUAAACUCAAAGAGCACACACAGGUUCUAUAGCUCUUACAUGACCAUGGAGUUUCUAGACUUUGCUGUUCUACUCUCUUCCCCUGUAUCUGCCCCAUCUAAUCUCAUGCCCAUCUAGGCAUUCAGGCCAUAUUUGUUGUCAUGGUAUCUAGGUACCUCCCUCUUUCUCUUCCAUUUUAACAUUCCUGAAAGUCUGACAUCUAUUGAUAGGUGGUGCUUCCUGUUUUGCUAGUACCUAUUUUCAGUCUUAAGCUGCUUUGAUUUCCAAUAAAAUACUGGAAUCAGGAUUCUUGUGUGUAGCAGCUGAUAAUCUCACUCUGUGUUUUUCCAACAAAGUUUUUUUUUUUUACCUUGUUUUUCAGUGUCAUGUCUUGUUCUAAAAGUAGGAUAUCAUUAUUAUGAAUAGUAAUAAUGUUCAGUUAGCUAUGGUGGGAGUCACUAUACUGAUAUGCAUUGACAAAUAGCUUUUAGAUCAAGGCCUCAAAUUUGCAGGGAGCUUCCACAAGUAGAGCUGGUUCUCAACUGCAGGCACUUAGCUGCAAAGCAUGUAGGGUCAGGGGGUAGGAUCCUAAUGGAGGCACUGGGAUCUUUUAAGUGCAUCCUUGAUGUCAUCCCCCUCCCCCAGUCUCAUGCAAUGGAAAACAUAUGAGGGGGAAUACUUGAUUAGGGUAGCAUCACAAUCACAAAAAUAUAAGAAGAGUCUUGCUGGAUCAGACCAAUGGCCCACCUAGUCCAGCAUCCUGUUCUUACACUGACCAGGCUUUUUGGAAGCCUGAAAACAGGAUUUGUUAAUAUAGAUUUGGGGAGAUAAUGAUCUGACCUGCCAGCCAGAGUAGAUUCUCCACCACGUCAUAGUUUAGUAUUGAGUGCAAAAGGGCCUGGGCCAAAAGCAUUAUAAUAUGCCAAACGACAUUAGACAAACACCAUUGUAUUCUUUUAGACAUCCAUGAGAAAAUUUUCCGUUUUGGUGGGCCUGUUUAGACACAUUAUUUGUUACAUGUUUUGUUGUGUUUCAUAGUUUGAAAUAGUUUUAAACAAUUUUGAAAUGUUAAAUAUGUUUUGUUCUAUUUUUGAUUGCAUUUUUUAUUAUCUAUGUGUUUGCCACCCUGGGCUUCUUUGGGAGAAAGGGCAGGAUAUAAGAUGGAGGGAGAGAUGGCUAAAAUUCAUACGAUGUUGUGUGUCAAAAAUGUGCUCUAUAAUUAUCUUGAACAUGAAAUGCUUUCUUGUCAUUCUGGGAAGGAAGUUAAAAAUGCACCCAGAACCCACUGGUUUGCAUGUGUUUUAUCUCUUUUUGUUUCUAUUUAAUUUUACCUAGUAUGUGGCUCUUAUUUUCUUUUGAAGUCUCUAAGCAUGUGUGCCUUUUGCUUUCCCAGGGGAUGGUGGCCAUGGCUACCUUAGGGACUGGCUGUGGUGGGCUGGCUUGCUGACCAGUAAGUAUGGUUAUUCACACUAGCCUGGAUUUGUUCCUAUCAAAUCUUUAUCACUUUCCCUCUUUUUCAUUCGCUACCGCUACCAUGUGGAGGCUAUUUCCAUUGGUAGUGCCCCACAUGCUAGCAGUGAUAUUUGAGAGCCUUUUCCCACAAUGACAUGGGAAAUGUCUAGGUCAUCAAACUGAACUAUAUGGAAAUGGCCUUUCAGUCUUUACCACCAUUGCAUCCAGCUUUCUUCAGCUUCCCUGUAGGGACUGGAAUGUAUAGAGCUCAUCACCAAGGUUGGGGUGGAGGGAAUGAUCAUCACCAGGGCCAGCCCAAAACGUAUUGGUACAUGAGGCAAACCACAAAAUGGUGUCCUCCCCCUGGAAGAAGGGUUGAGUUAAGAUCUACAUCAGGAACAAAUUGGGGAAUCAAAUCAACCUUAUCUGGUGGCUGAAGUGGGAAUAAAAGACUGUCAUUGGGAGUAAAGGGUCCCGCUCUGAAUUGUGUUCAAGAGACCCAAUAGGGCAGCCCUCACCAUUUCCUCCCUAUGGGUGGGAGACCAGCAGUGCACCCUAUUCACCAAGAGGCUGCUGUAGAGGCGGCAUGGGGUGGGGGAACUGCUGAGGAGGUGGCAGAUCCAGCCUCCAAGGAGUGUGACACAGCUGUUGUUGCCACAUCAGCAGUAGCAGUAAGCGAUACAUUCCUUGGAAGCCAGAUCUGCUGCCCCUGUGGAUCCUGCCACCUGAGGUGGUCGCCUCACCUUGCCUCAUGGGUGGGCUGGCCCUGCUCAUCACAGUAUAAAUGAUUCACUCCUCAGUAGAGAUGUUUGCUGGCCAAAAACAACAAAUAGCCUCAAGGCACCUUAUGGAAUAAGCCAGCAGUAAGCAGCCUGGUGCCUUUCAUAUGUUCUGAACUGCAACUGCAACUCACAUCCACCCCAGUUUGGCCACUGGUCAGAGGGAGAUGGGUGGUGGGAGAUGUAGGAGGCUACCUUGUUGCUGCCCCUGGCAUCAGCUUUCAUGGGCUAGAGUCCACUUCAGAAGGACUUGGAAGCAGAUUCUAGUCCAUGGGCAGGCAAACUAAGGCCCAGGGGCCGGAUCCAGCCCAAUCGCUUUCUAAAUCCAGCCUGCAGAUGGUCUGGAAAUCAGCGUGUUUUUACAUGAGUAGGAAGUGUCCUUUUAUUUAAAAUGCAUCUCUGGGUUAUUUGUGGGGCAUAGUUCAUAUUUCCCCCCCAAAAUAUAGUCCAGCCCCCCACAAGGUCUGAGGGACAGUGGACCGGCCCCCUGCUGAAAAAGUUUGCUGACCCCUGUAUCUAGUCCAUGAAAGCUUAUGACACUCUUAAAGGUGCUCCAAGGCUUUGGAAGCUACUGACCCAAGGCGGCGAUCAAUCAUUUUAGCAUUGUCUGGUUUGCUAGGAUUAGGUCCAUUUUCUAAAAUUGGCUGGGCAGAUCUGCCACCAUAUUGGAUUCUGAUCCAUUACUCAGGAGAUAUUUGGUCAAAACUUUUCACACGGAGUUCCUUGAAUCUACAACAUGACUCUGAAGAUGACUUUUCUUGUUAAAAAAAAUGACAACACAACAGUGAUUGCUGUAAAACCAUCUGUCUCCUGGUUUUUAACUCCAGUGCUCUUUUUCAUUGGGCCAAACUAUGCACUGAAUGCGAACGAAAACACUUGAGCAGGAAUAGCACUCAUUGUCAUUUACCUGUUCUCUGUUUAUCCUUUGGCUGUUUGCUCAGUGGGUGGAGGAGAAGCUGCCAACUUUGCCGCCUAUGCCUUUGCUCCUGCAACAAUUGUUACUCCGCUCGGAGCCCUGAGUGUACUCAUAAGGUGAUUUCCUCUCGUUUCUAUUCUGUCCUCCCAUAUUUAUUCUAGGUCUGUAAAUGUCAGUGGUAGUAACAUGACUGGCCAUGCAAACAGAAAAAUAGCCUGAUAACUUUCUCCCAGUACCCAGAAGCCAAACAUUUGCUUCAGCCUGGCUGUUCCCACCCCCCAAAAGCAGCUUGCAUGGUACUUUUUGACACAGGGGUGACUUUAAUGACUUUAAAUGAGUGCAUUUAAAACAGCAACCAGCAACCUGGUGCCCUCCAGAUGUUUUGGACUGAAAUUCCAGUCAUUCUCAACCAUUGGGCAUUCUAACUGGAGCUGAUGGGAGUUGUGGAGACACCAAAGUAGUGGUCCCAAAGGAUGAACUCCCUUUGGGUGCAAAGUGGUGGUGGCAGCCUGACGCAUUGCAGCAGCACCCCUUAAAUAUUAAUCUCAGGGCUGGAAGUCAGUCAAUAAGUUACAGCGAGUGUUUUCCUCUUCCCAGCUGUGAUAAGACUUGAUGAACCUCAAGGGCUGCUAGGAAGGGAUGUGUGGGUGGAGUUGCUCCCCUCUUCCGUCUCUGUGCUCUUCAUCAACUGAUACACAUGGCAGCUAGCAUAUGAUUGGAGGAGCAAACCGCUUGCGUGAGAGUACCCAAAGCUCAUCCAUAUAUCAGCUUUAUUAUGCUAAGAUAUGAGCAUCUGAACAUGCCCAUUGUCAGUUAGAUGAUUGAUUCUGAUUUGAAGUGUCCAAAUAUUGCAUAUAUCUCUCUGUUUGUCACUGAAAGAAGUUUCCAAAGUUCUGUAGAAGGCUGUUAUUAAUGGGACAACCAUGUAUUCUGACUUCUUGUUAGUUUUCUGUAUGUUGAUUACCCCAAAGCAAUUUUAUUGAUUUUUCUCCCCUAUGACCCAGUGCCAUUUUGUCCUCGUACCUGCUUGGAGAGUGGCUGAAUCUCCUGGGCAAACUCGGUUGCAUGCUGAGCAUUGUGGGUAGUACAGUCCUUGUGAUUCAUGCUCCAGAAGAAGAGGAGGUCACCACUCUGGACGAAAUGGCCUCUAAACUGAAAGAGCCAGGUAACCAGAAAAGCAGAAGGUUAAAGGUAUCACCAACCAGCUAUAAAUGUAGCUUAUUAUCUGAAUCCCUUGUUCAAGUGGGAUGGCAGUGGCAUGGCACUUCAGCUUUGAAUCCCCCGUGUGGCUGUCAUCCUAUUUGUGAGCAUUGUGGUUCAGUGUCAUCCCCUGAAAUGUCUUUGCACCUCUGCUGCUGUUUCCUGGAGACAUUGCCCCCUUCACAGAUCUCUCAUGCCCCAUUGCCAAAUUGGACAUGCAAGGGUGUUAAAUGUGGAGAGCACACUUUGAAACCCUCUUCAGACUCUUUGCACUAAAACACACAGUGGUCUAAAGAGGAGCCUGUGUGCCCAGUGAUGUUGGGCGCAUGAUGCCCUCCCAUGAUUUUAAGUUAUGAAUUGUUAACCUGUGGCCCUCUAGGUGUUGUUGGACUCAACCAGCAGUGGGAGUGGUCAGGGAUGAUGGGAGCCACAUCUGGAGGGCCAUGUUGAGAGUGAGCCACCUCCAUUCUAAGACCUUGUUCAGGCAGAUGUCCAAAUAGGUCUUCUGAGUAUAUAUGCAGGUGCAUGAAUUAGAGCUCGUGCACAUGUCUUUCCCUGGAUCCCACCCUUAUGUGUGCUUAUUUUCUGCAUUUUGUGCCAGUCCUUUUGGCAGACUCACCUCACCUAGUUCCAUUUGUUUAGGUGGAAUAGUUCUCAUUUCUUACAGCUAGGAUUCUAUUGGUUGAUCAGUUGAACUCCUUAUACCUGUUAGUGGUGUGUUACUGCCUUGCCACAACUUGUACUCUGCUCCUCAUAAAACUGCCGCAACCUGGUGAUGAAUUCCUCACCCCCCCCUUCUUUUCAUUCUUUCAGGUUUCCUUGCUUAUGCCAGCAUUCUGUUGGCGGUCUGCCUGGUUCUGAUUUUCUUCCUCGCCCCACGUUACGGCCAGACCAACAUUCUCAUCUACCUCACCAUCUGUUCUGUGAUUGGAGCAUUCUCAGUAUCUUCAGUCAAAGGACUAGGCAUCGCCAUUAAGGGCUUUUUUGCUCACUGGCCUGUUCUGAAGGACCCACUCACCUGGAUUCUUGUCCUCACAUUGGUGGCCUCUAUCACCACCCAAAUCAACUACCUCAACAAAGCUCUGGACAUUUUCAACACCUCUAUGGUUUUCCCCAUCUACUACGUGCUGUUUACCACCAUUGUCAUCACCACUUCAGUCAUCCUCUUUAAGGAGUGGGUCACCAUGUCUGUGGUGGACAUCAUUGGGACGGUCUGUGGGUUCCUCACCAUUAUUUUAGGGGUCUUUUUACUCCAUGCCUUCAAAGAUAUGGACAUCAGUUUGAGGAACCUGCCGCAAACCCUUCAAAACGCUGACGAGGCCCCAGCCGUCAAGGACGACAAGAACAUCCUGAUAGAGCUGGAUAAUCCAGAAAUCAAGGCUGACAACAAACCCAAAGUAUUCAUGAUCUACAGCUGAAACCUAAUAGCAACAAUCCUGCAGCUGCAGGAACUUGGAUUGAACUGUGUGUAGGUAAUACAGGCAUGUGCUAUAUUUUGCAUUAAUGGGUACGCAUACGCAUCUUCUGAGAAAUAGCAACCAAGUUGAAUACCGUGAACCAGCUCUCUCACGUUUUGUCUCAGUAACCCUUUCCCCCCAUCCUUUGGAAUUUCACCGCACACCCCAUACUCAGGAAUUGCCUUGACUGCUUUGACUGUGCCUGCCUCAGACAAGCAGGUUUUCAUUAAUCAUUUGGGGGUGGGGGUGGGGAUUGGUUCCAUCUGUGGUUGAAGUUGCUUCUUGGCCCCUUUGCAUGACGUUGUCUCCUCCAACGUGAUCUUCCCCUCAGAGGCUAUACUGAGGUGCUGUGAGGCCACAAAGAGCAUUCAGAUUUGAAGUCCAUGACCUGUGAAACUUCAGGGAAAGUUCUUGUGGCCUUUUUCAACCCUGAGUACUCAGUCCUCUACUGAAAGUGUUAACAGAAAAUAACUUAAGUCAUUCUUCUGAUGAGCCAAUUAGAUCAGAUAUAUCAAGCUAUGCUAGGACUCUUUUCCCAGACAACUAGCUUUCUGUUGUUGCCUGACAAUUCCUGAUGAAGGGGUGAUUGCACCAUCGUGCGAUUGCCUCAUCUGUACGCUAAAGAGGGAACAAUUUCACUGGGACAAUAUCUCAUGCGUCUUUCUGUCUAUGCAUACUACCCUUUAGUGCCUUUUUGGUCUUCCACUGUUAUUAAGUUAUUCUGCUUAAAAGUGGAUGGAGUUAACCCAUUAACCUAUUGCCCUGAUAGUGCGGCAACUGUCUUACAGUGCCAAUGUGUAUCAAGAGGACAAUUCUGAUAGUGGUCCCAUUUCUGGUACUAUAGUGCCUAUGUAAUAAUGUAUUAUGAAAAGGCAUAACAGCCAGUGCAAAAUUGUGAAAUACGCUUCAUCCCUUGUAAACUUCUGGUAAGACAAAAUGCUGUUUGUAUUUCUGUUAGCUUCUGCCAUUAUACCAAAGGGUCAGCCAUCUAACCAAGGGUGUUUGAGAACCUUUUACCUUACAGUGUACAUACAACCAUAAGGAGAAUCAGUCAACUGCAGUAUUCAUUCCUGUGGUGGUAAGAAUCUUGUCCAUGCGCCCAGUUUUUGGUUGCAGGAAGAUGAUGCAGUUCUCCUCACCACAAGCAGCAUACUUCUCAUGCGACAUGCUUGGUUGCACAUUGUGUGCACUUGGGCUCAGUACCCAUGUUACUCUGACAACUUGACAGCUGCCAGGGAAACAUGAAAAGCCCUGGCCCACACCCAAGGAACCCAUGUUUAAAAGCUAGGGCUUUAAACAUGAUAGAUAUGAGAGACUGGUGUUGUGAUGUAAAUAUUAUUAGCCAAUAGCCCUCCAUGUUCAAAAGUGCCUUAAGUACCAGAAUGAUGGUGGUAUCUCAUGAGUUCUGUUUGGGGUACUGUGUUACGCCAUCAUUAAUGGGGGGUCAACAUGCUAGUUAUGUUCUUAAUAAGAUUUGUAAGUGGCUAUAACCAUUAGUGUUUAUUUUCAAUGUUAAGUUCUAUAAGUAUGUAGUAGACCCCCCCCCCAAAAAAACCCCACCUUUCUGUACAGCUCAAAUCCCCAGUUGUGAUCACAGCAGUGUAAACUGGGGUCAAGUCUGCAGGAUUUAUGUUGUCAUGAAAGUUGACGGUGGUUUGGGUCCCAUGACUGUCACUAUUUCCCCAAAUGCUUGUAAGAUUUCCUUUGGUCAAUGAAAGUCUUUUUGCUUAGCCUUGAUGACCAAGAAAUUGUAAAAUGUACUGUAACAGACACAUGCCCUUUUUGUGGAAAACCAAUAAGAGAGAAAUUAGGCAGGGUUAGGGGACAGACAUCGAAAUCAUGAGAAUGAUGAAUCGAAGCUUUUUGCAACAGCUCCCACCAACCCUGAGUCCAUGACUGGCUAUGUGCGUAGCUGCCCAAAACAUUUAGAGAGUGCAAGGUUGGAGAAGGGUGCUCUAAAUGAAGGGGGCUCAGGGGGAAAUGACGAGCAUUGGGUGCCAUAAAAUCCACAUCCUGAUCCUGUGUUCUGCUCCUGUGAAACAGCAAAUCAUAGUGCCUAGUGCAGGCUCCCACUUCAUGGAGAAAUGUAUUUGCUUGCUAUGGGGAGGGACAACUUCUCUGUCUCCACAGCAGCAGCAGCAAGAGCUGUGCAUUUAAAAAGAGCAGCAUCCUAAGAUUUAUACGGACAGCACAGGCAUUAACCGAGAGCUGGCAAAAACUUUAAAGGAAAUUUUAGGAUGCAAAAAGAGUUGAUUUUUGCAUGCUGGUAAUACUUCAGCUGUUGAAGUACAAACAGAAGCUCUGGCUGUAGUUACAUAGUCUCCUUUUUUGUCAUUUAAAUCAGUGGUUCUUCAUUCCAGAAGGAAGAACUCCAGUAAGAGUGUUACCCUUCCAAGGUUCACUUUCAUUCUGCUGUGCUUCUUUUUCCAAUACAAAAUGAUAAACUGGAGAUUAUUGGCAUCUAAACUUAUGGUGGCAUGUGUGUUUGAUGCUAGGUAUGAAAAGUUGACGAGCUUCUAGUUUCUUCUAAAUUUGAGGUCCUUUCUUCACUUCUGGAAUGGAAAAAAUGUGGUGUUUGAAGCCUCCAGGUUGUUGAGCUCUAAUGGCAUAAUAAGAUUUAUAAGAUUUGAUGCUAAGGUUGGAGAGUGGAGCUCCAUAGAGACUGAAGUGCAUCCAAGUUCAUCUCACCAUCAUAGUACAGUGGUACCUCGGGUUACAGACGCUUCAGGUUACAGACUCCGCUAACCCAGAAAUAGUACCUCGGGCUUCAGGAUGAGAACAGAAAUCGUGCAGUGGCGGCACGGUGGCAGCAGGAGGCCCCAUUAGCUAAAGUGGUACCUCAGGUUAAGAACAGUUUCAGGUUAAGAACAGACCUCCAGAACGAAUUAAGUUCUUAACCUGAGGUAAAACUGUACAGAGUUCCAAUAUCAACCAGAAAUUUUGGCUUUGGCACUGAUGCUGACAAAUAACAUUCAUCCGGAAAAGGGAGAUGGAUCUUGAAUGAGUACAAGCUACAGAUCAGAGAUCAAUGAAACGUCGCCAACUCAGUUGAGAGGUCAUAUUUCAAAACUCUAUGGCAGACCACAACUGUGGGCUAAAAGUCUGUGCUCCUCAUUGUCUACAAAGGUCUUUUAAAACUCCAGGGAUCUUCAUUCCUAAUGAAUGUAUUUUACAGUUAAAUAAGAUCAAUGUAACUUUGUGAAUAGUUAUGAUGGACAACUUGGAUUUGCCCCUCCCUCCACUCCCAAGUUUGAACAUAUGGCAUUUCAAUGGUACUCAUUUGUACUUGGAGAGGGGAAGAAUAAAGAUCUUUUUGUACAAACUCUUAAAA